GCGCUACAGAGAGAGAGAGAGAGAGAGAGGGAACAGUCUCCGUUGUCUAAGAGGUUGAAGGAUCAAUAGAGAGGCUUGUUGUGGCGGUUGUGAUUCUGUUCCAUCUGUGUGUCGGAGCUGCAUGGUGUUAGAAGGAGGAAUCCUAGUUCCCACAGACCUAUUCCAGCAUGCUCACAGACCCUGAGCUACCUCAGGAGUUUAACAGGAUGUCUUCCAAGCGACCAAUCUCUCCAUAUGGGGGGACAGAUGGAGAGGUAGUCAUGGCAACCAGCAGACAGAGACUGGAAGAGGAAGAGCGAGAUGAUGGACAGGCUGUCAUGCACCUCCCCCUGACUCCCUACUGCAGCAAGGUGUCCCCCCGCUCGCCCCGCCCCCUGGACAGCCCCCCCACCCUGCACAGUGCCAUGGACCAGGAUGGCAGUAAGGGUUGGUCUCUGAGCCCCUACCCCCAGCACAACUCCUCUACCUCUCCAGGCAGUAAGCAGCAGGUGGAGGAGGGGGGUUCAGGGGCCGCAGCACUUGGGACCCCAGAGAGACGUAAGGGCAGCCUGGCUGACGUGGUGGACACACUGAAACAGAGGAAGAUGGAGGAGCUCAUCAAAAACGAACCAGAAGAAGCCCCCAGCAUUGAGAGGCUGUUGUCUAAGGACUGGAAGGACAAGCUGUUGGCCAUGGGAUCAGGACAUUUUGGAGAAAUCAAAGGUACCUCAGAAAGCCUAGCAGAGAAGGAGCGCCAGCUGAUGGGCAUGAUCAGCCAGCUGAGCAGCCUGAGGGAGCAGCUCCUGGCGGCCCACGAUGAGCAGAAGAAACUGGCCGCCUCGCAGAUCGAGAAGCAGCGGCAACAGAUGGAGCUGGCCAAGCAACAACAGGACCAGAUUGCUCGGCAACAGCAGCAGCUUCUGCAGCAGCAACACAAAAUCAACCUCCUGCAGCAACAGAUCCAGCAGGUCCAGGGGCAGCUGCCUCCGUUGAUGAUCCCUGUGUUCCCUCCAGACCAGAGGACUCUGGCUGUAGCUGCUGCCCAGCAAGGCUUCCUGCUGCCCCCCGGAUUCAACUACAAACCAGGCUGCAGUGACCCUUACCCUCUCCAGCUGGUCCCUACUACCAUGGCAGCAGCUGCUGCCGCGGCAGCGCCAGGCCUCGGUCAACUACAGCUCCAGGGACGGAGAGGGUCUGAAGUGGGGAUCGACAGGACUAUUGAACAGUUUGGAGUAGAUUCCAACUACAACAACCCAGCCUGGUGGUGCUUACAGCAGCUGUAUGCAGCUCAGCUGGCCGCCAUGCAGGUGUCUCCAGGGGCCAAACACAGCAGUAUGCCCCAGACCAACCUGAACACCCACUCUCCCACCAACACUCACCAAGAGAAGAGCCGCAGCACCCCGCCGCCCAAACCCAAGGACGAGGGUGCUCAGCCCCUGAACCUGUCGUCCAAGCCUAAGACAGCAAGCGAGAGCAAGUCACCCACCUCCCCCGCUUCCCCACAGGUCCCCACCAUGAAGCUGGGCCACCAUAGCACCGGAUCCAUGAAACACAGCACAGCCCCCUCCAGCAUCGGAGGACCACCGUCCAGAGUCAGCUCCAUAGACCUGCUGUCAUCCCUGUCCUCCGGGGGCUAUCUGAACGACCACGAGGCCGUGACCAAGGCCUUCGCUGAGGCCAGACAGAUGAAGGAGCAGCUGAAGAGAGAACAGCAGGUGUUGGACGCCAAGGUGGCCGCCGUCAACAACCUCAGCCUGAACAACGGGCGCUCCGACAAGGUCAGAUAUGACAAGGCAGCUCUGGAGAGUCUGAGCCACCAGCUGAAGCAGCAGUCAGAGGACAGAGAGAAGUUCAGCCACGCCAUGAUGGACUUCACCAUGAGUGGAGACUCAGAUGGCAGCCCCAGUGUGUCUGAUUCCAGGAUGUUCCGUGAGGCCCGGGGCCGAGGCAACAGCGAACCGCACAUUAAACGACCCAUGAAUGCUUUCAUGGUCUGGGCAAAGGAUGAGAGGAGGAAGAUUCUCCAGGCUUUCCCCGACAUGCACAACUCCAACAUCAGCAAAAUCCUCGGUUCUCGUUGGAAGUCCAUGACUAACCUGGAGAAGCAGCCGUACUACGAGGAGCAGGCCCGGCUGAGCAAGCAGCACCUGGAGAAGUACCCUGACUACAAGUACAAACCCCGGCCCAAACGGACCUGUCUGGUGGACGGGAAGAAGCUGAGGAUUGGAGAGUACAAGGCCAUUAUGAGGAACCGCCGGCAGGAGAUGAGACAGUACUUCACUGUGGGACAACAGGCCCAGCUGCCCUUGUCCUCGGCGGGCGUGGUGUACCCAGGUGCCCUCGCCAUGGCAGGCUUGCCCUCCCCCCAGAUGCCCUCGGAGCACUCCUCACUGUCCAGUAGCCCCGAGCCCGUCGCUCCACCCCUCCAGACCCCCUACCAUCCCAGCCUCAAGGGAGAAGAGACCCGAGUCAAACAGGAAGCGCUGCGAUUGGACGACAGCAACGGUGAUGCGUACGACGACUUUGAUUAUGAGGACGAGGAGGGAGAUUAUGGAAGCGAUAACGACAACCACCAAUAAUCUGGAAGCAGAGCCAAUCAGAAUCAGAUACCUAGCUUCUUGCUGCAAACACCCCCGUCCGUCCACCAAUCCUGAGAGACUAUCCGUCCCUUAUAUCCAAUCACAUUCAAUGUCACAAACCUCGCCCUCCUUUACCACUUAACCAACAAGGACUCUGGGACCUCAGAGCCAAGCCCCUCCCAUUGGAAUCUCGAUACCAGCAACCGACCAAUCAAAUCAAGCACAGGACCUGUCACUCACACUGACUGUUACACAGACUGGAGUCUAAAAGGAGGCGAGUUGAUUGCCGUGACUUCUGCUGAGUACUACACAGUACUACAGCGGACUAACAAAGUACUACGAAGUACUACAGAGUACUAGAGUAUUACUGCUGUGUACGCCAUAGAGGCAAGAUGAGAUACACAUUAUGUCAUGAGUAAGCUACUAUAUGAGGAGAAAACACAGAAAAAACAACCUUUUAGACCAGUUUGACUUCAAAGAGACAUUUUUUUUUUAAACAGCAGGCCUGUCAGUUGAUUAAAGAUACACUUUAAAAUGGCCGACCUGCUUGUUUAUGAAAGAAACACUUUUAAAACAGCUUUUUUUUUCUUGGUUCUAUGAUAUUCUCACUCAGGUACACGGUGCCAACAAGUGGCUUGUGAAUGUGAUUUGUUGUUUUUGUGCUACAGUUUUAAUAAUAGAUACAAAAUAGACAUUUUUCCCUUUUCAUUGUAAAGCACCUGACAGAAGUCAAAGCAAAACUUUUAUUUAGAAUUCUUCUUCUUUCUUCAACUCUGCGGUGUACUGUCAGCAGAUGUCCUCCCUCGGUGUGUGUGACUCCCCUUAUGAGAGUCAAAAUGGGAAAGUCCAGUCAGGGCCACUGCCAUGUGUUGGACAGUGAGGGCCGGCUCACUUCAGGGGACUGUGGGGGGGACCUCAGUCUCUCAUCAUGGGUCAUCUUGGACAGUACUGUGUAAUGAGACAAUCUCCCACCAACCCUCUUCUCUCCUUUUUACACUCUCGUUCUUUUACCCUUUCUUUGGCUUUCCUUUUUAUUCUGAUCACGAGGACUUUGGGUCUUUGGAAGGUACAAACAAGGGUUUAUUUUAGAUAUGAAACACCCCCUUGUAUGUGUGUGAGAGUGUGUGUAAGCAAGCUCGCUGUGCGUGUGUGUGUGUUUAGUCUGUGUGAGCUGGUUUAGUCAUCACUAGACACUAGAUCCCAGAACUCUGUCCCUUUCCAAGACAAACAGAAACACUGGAGUUUCCCCUGUGAGCCCCCAGUACUUCAGUAUCCUGGUGUAUAGAGACAGAGAAAGCCCUAUUCCUGGUGUACAGAGACAGAGAAAGCCCUUUGACUCUCUUGUACACUCACACACACACACAUCCCCAAGCCCCAGUUCCCCAAUCGAAACCCCACAACAACUCUACUCCGCUGCCAACUGAUCCAGCCAGCACCACAAGCCAACAACUCUUACCCACAACCCAAACCCUCUCGUAAUACUCCCAACUGAUAUCAAAUUGGUGUGUAUUUUGUUAUAGAAGUUUGGUGUGUUCCUGCAAGCUUCUACUGGUAGUUUUGAGUAUUUCCUGUCUGUCCCCGUUCUGUCCCUCUCUCUGAGAGUUCCCCUCUAUGUCCCCCUGUGUCUUACUCUGUCCCCGUCCGUGUCCCCAAAACACGUCAUUCUGCUGUUCUUAUUGGGAGGAGCUGAUGGUCAUAUCAGCACGUCAGUGUUUCCUUUGUAUUUGAAUACUGUAUUUUAUCAUUUUUAUUCAAACUGCCUCUAGUGUAAUAAUAUUAUUAACAAUAAUUAUAAUGAUGGUCAGCGUUUCUUUCAAUUUGAGUAAGUUAUGUACAGUAUAAUUUAUUUUGGCCUCUUAUUGGGUUUAUUACGACCCAUAUGAAACUUCUUCGGUCAAUGAAGCAUUAUUAUAUUUAGCUGGUUUAGAGUAUUUACAUCUAAUGUUGUCCUUUUACUUUUUACUUUAUUUGCCAAUUUGCAUAUUCUUUGGUUUCUGUUUUUAUCUGUUCUGUUUGUUUAGUAUUAAUCCUAUAUGGACGCUGGGUGAGGAGGAGGAGCGACACGGACGCCAGCCAACGGGCGGCUGUCGCUCUUCGCCAAGGAGACUGGACUUUCUAUUCACUAACUCUCUCCCCAUCUGCGUCCCUCAUCUUGACAACGUAACCCUUUUAUGUCCAAACCCACUUCUAAAAGCACUCAGACACUCUGUGUGGUCAGAGAAAAGAAGGUGAUUUUUUUUUGUUUGUUUGUAAUGGUUCAUGUAUAAUGUGAAGUUUCUUCUACUUUCUUUCUUUUUAUGAAGAUAAAAGAAAACGGUUAUAUUAUUCUAUUCUGUUCUGUUUCCUCUGAACAAAGGAGUGAGGCUCCCGUUUACUAGGGUUGCUAUGUCACCUGAGAUGCCGUGGAACAUCGUUGAGGCUGGCGGACACAGAGACACACAGACACACAGACACACAGACACAGAGACACAGAGACACAGAGACACAGAGACACAGAGACACAGAGACACAGAGACACAGAGACACACAGACACACAGACACACAGACACACAGACACAGAGACACACAGACACAGAGACACAGAGACACAGAGACACACAGACACACAGACACAGAGACACACAGACACAGCAGACUCACAGACACAGAGACACAGAGACACACAGACACACAGACACAGAGACACACAGACACACAGACACACAAAUUAUUAGCAGACACAGUUGUGCAAAAUUCGAAUAACACGAUCAGGAUUUUGAUCAAAUUAGGACAUGAUCAGAACACACACACACACACCGCACAUUUGCGACCCAUAGGAAAAUCAGUGUUUACUUUGCCUAUUCAACAAUGUUCUACAGCAUAACCUGACAUCCAGUAAGUAAUGACCUGUCAUAUCUAUGUGACUCCAGAACUCUGGGGACUUUACUUUGUUUUAGCUCCACACUAUGACCGAGCCAUUAGCCAUGUCCACUCACUCUACAGGUGUGCUGCCAGAUAGUGACCCAGCCCAGUCAUGCUUGCUGAAGAUGUUUACUCUUACACAAUCAAUCAUAACCAUGCCUAUUGCCAGAUAGUGAGCCUCGCAGUCAAUCAUACUUGGCCAUAUAGACAACCUCACAAUCAGGCCACGGUGAGACCUAACGCUGGAGAAAUGGUGUCCUGUAUUCUGGCUGGAAGCUGUAGGUUAGAUUAGUAGGCUAGACAGUGUGGGGAAAAGGAGGGGUUUACAAGUUCAAUCAUCCCAGCUUGCUAGGUCUGCCACAUACUGAGGUAUUAUACUGUACUUAGGGCCAGGAGUUUUGUGACCAGACCAGGACAAACACUUGGCUCUAGUUAUACUAAUGAAUAGAGUCCAACGUUUUUCAUGAGCAGGUUGACAGGAUGAUAGGCCCUGGUGAUGUUGGGUGAUACAGCGACGAUGGUGACCAUGAUCGCGAUGAAGAUGAUGAUGAUAAUAACAAUGAAGACAAUCAAAUGUCACGAGUGGAGCUCAAAACAAAGUCAGAGUUAGUCAAAAAAAGAAACACGUAUCUGACCAUCUCAACUUGACAAAUGGAGAAAGAUAAUUAUGUACAUAUAACAUAGAGUUAUAGAUUUAUAUUUUGUUCAUAACACAGUGUAAUAUAAGUUGUAUAUUUCUUUUUCUCUUUUAUUGAUGUUAUUCAUGCUACAAUAAAAGCAGGAGUUGAUGUACUCUUACAAAAAAAAGAAGAAAAAUGACAAAUAAACGAAGGAAACAACAACAAAAAAGAGAGGCCGUGGGCUUGCCAUGCACCAUCUGUUCCGAGUUCACUUUUUUCAGUAUUAUUGCCAGUCGAGGCUUUAAUAAAAACAGCGAUGUGUUCUGUAA